CUGAGAAAGAUAAGAAAUCCCUAUUAAAAGAGUUUCUCACCCACUAACGCAGAACUACGUACCUAAUAAAAUGUUUUUAAAAAAAGGAAACAAUUUCAUCCAGCUAAUAUUUUAGGUCCUAUUCCUAUUCCUAUUCCUUCGCCUCCGCUUGCGGAUGACAAAAGCAAAGAGCAAAGACGAGCGUAAAAGGGCAAAGAAGCAUGUGGGCUGCGUCUCUAACUCCGGUCGAGCCAACAUUACCCGCUCCCAUACCCAAACCCACCAAACAUCCACCACUCACCCCUUUUCCAAUCAACGUCUCAGUCCAUCCCCGUUUGUCUCGUAAGGCAGCCGCCUCCAACGCCAAGCAAGAAGAGGGAAAGGAGAUAAGUGGGUCAGAUGUGCUUUGGGCUCUGCAGAGAGCAGCCGCCUCCAACGCCAAGCAAGAAGAGGGAAAGGAGAUAAGUGGGUCAGAUGUGCUUUGGGCUCUGCAGAGAGCAGCCGCCCAGAAGACGAAAGCCAAGAGAAAGAAGAAGGGAUUAGCGUCAUCAGAAGCCAGCCGUAGAGAUAAGGAUGGCAUUGAUUACAGUAACGUCAGGCCCUUGGAAAUAAAGGGUGAGUGGAUUCUUAAAUUGGAUGAGCUGGAAAAGCGUCUUCGGGAGCUGGAACAAACCGCUUGAUUCAAUGAACUUUCUUUUUCUUUGUAUAAUUGAAUGUAUAAUUUGUUUGCAAGCUGUUAUUACAGUUAAGCAUUCAUGUCUGCUUCCUAAAAUCUUGGUCUGGACAACUUGAAUUUCAAGUUGCGUAGGUUUGUGCUGUCUUUUUCAAACGUUAGCUGUGCUUGACCAACUCAAGAGGGUUUCGUGGUUGGAACUUGGUUCUGUUUGGCCAUUGUACUUUAGACUUCUGAAAGUGAGAUUUGGAUUCUUCCGUGUUCCUUUCGGUAUUCAAUUAGCUGGAUCCUCGGUGUUGAACUUGAUCGGAGGAAAAUAAGCCUACAAUAGCAUAGACGGCAUCAUUUGACGGCAAUAAUUUCAGUUUGCUUUCAGUGUC